AGACCUCAUCUGCCUCCUGCCUGCUAAACGGGGUUCCUGUCUGUCGGCAUAUCCAAGAUUUCAUUAUGACUUCGACACAGAUCAGUGUUUAACGUUCGCUUACAGUGGUUGCAAAGGAAACGCCAAUAACUUCGAAACAAGUGAAGACUGUCGCGAAACAUGCAUGUGAUAGCGCCUUUCGGAAAACAGAUUCUAAUUACUGAAAUGCUUGGAAAUAAAGUUCUUUAAUUGCCACUUCACAUUCGCUUCUUUGAAUCUCAUGACAGGUAUCGAUGGUGAUGAUGAUGAUGAUGGUGACAAUGAUGGUAACCACGUCAUCAUACGCUCAGCCAAUACAAGGACCGUAUCACUAUCCGCCUAUGCCCUAUGAAUUCCGAUACGGUGUCCGAGACGACUACUAUGGCAACGACUUCGGCCACGAGGAGGAGAGUAACGGAGAGGCCGUGAGGGGUCGUUAUUACGUCCUGUUGCCCGAUGGUCGUCGCCAGGUCGUUACCUACGUCGCCGACCACCAGCGAGGAUAUAUUGCCACAAUUAGUUACGAAAAUGUUGCUGUCCAUCCUCAUACCAGCGGUAACCGAUACGGAUAAGGCAUUCCCACGUCGUUUUUCCCGCCAUUUUUUGGCAAUCAAGUUAUUGUUUUUUGUUAUUGUGCCAUUCAAGUCUAUAGUUUAUUCACCUUUGUAUUUCUUAAGUUCACAAGACGUGUAACAAAAGCUUUCAUGUCUCUAGUCCGCCAAUUGUUGUGAUGUAUUUCCAAGUGUAAUGAAAAAAAUAUACGGCUUUGUUUA